AGCAGGGGGGAUUCGAGCCCAUCUUCCCGGGACAGGAGCGCACAGGAGCGGACAGGGGGACACCGGGUCCUCUAGGUGUGCUGGUCACGUUCUUUAAGCUGUGAUUCUGACCUGCGUUACAAGAACAAUGACUGUUGCCAACGCCAAGUCUGAUACAGCUAUGCAGAAAGUGUUGGAGAACCUCAAGGAGCUGCCCGCCUCCACCGGAGCCAAAGACAUCGACCUCAUCUUUCUCCGCGGCAUCAUGGAGAGUCCCAUCGUCCACUCGCUCGCCAAGGCUCACGAGCGGCUGGAGGAAGUGAAGUUGGAGGCGGUGCGGAACGAUAACGUGGAGCUGGUGAGCGACAUCCUGUCGGACAUCGGCGGCCUGGUGGAGUCGAGCGACAGCGCGGCGGAGCUCUCCAAGAUCCUCCAAGAGCCUCACUUCCAGUCUUUGAUGGAAACUCACGAUAUGGUGGCGACCAAGUCGUUCGAAACCCCCGCGUCCGCCGCCGACAACGCCGACCUGAGCAACGCCUCCCUCAUGCCGGCCGACACCGUGCGGAUGAUCAGCAUUCAGAAGAAAGCAGGAGAGCCACUGGGUGUGACAUUCCGGGUGGAGAACGGCGAGGUCGUGAUCGCCCGCAUUCUCCACGGCAGCAUGAUCGACAGGCAGGGCAUGCUGCACGCGGGCGACGUGAUCCGGGAGCUGAACGGCCGGGAGGUGGGAGGCGACCCCACCGCGCUGCAGCAGAUGCUGAAGGACGCCAGCGGCGGCGUCACCCUCAAGAUCCUGCCCAGCUACAGAGACGCGCCGGCAGCCGCGCAGGUGUAUCUGAGACCUCAUUUCAACUACAAGCCAGACACGGACAACCUCAUCCCCUGCAAGGAGGCGGGACUGGCCUUCUCCAAGGGAGAGAUCUUGCACAUCGUGAACAGGGAGGACGCCAACUGGUGGCAGGCGCGUAGCGUGGUCGGGGGCGGGACGGGUCUCGUACCGAGCCAGUAUCUGGAGGAGAAGAGGAAAGCGUUCGUACGCCGGGACUCGGACGGGUCAGGGAUCCUCUGUGGGACGUUGACCGGGAAGAGGAAGAAGAAGAAAAUGAUGUACCUGACGGCUAAAAAUGCAGAGUUCGACCGGCACGAGCUGCAGAUCUACGAGGAGGUGGCGAGGAUGCCGGCGUUCCAGAGGAAGACGCUCAUCCUGAUCGGCGCUCAGGGCGUCGGCCGGCGGAGCCUGAAGAACAGGCUGAUGGUGCUGAACCCGCUGCUGUUCGGUACCACCGUGCCCUUCACGUCUCGGCGGCCGCGCGAGGAGGAGAAGGAGGACGGUCAGUCGUACGGCUUCGUGUCCCGGGCGGAGAUGGAGACGGACAUCAAGGCCGGCCGCUACCUGGAGCACGGCGAAUACGACGGGAAUCUGUACGGCACCAACAUCGACUCCAUCCACGAAGUGGUGCGAGCCGGACGCACCUGCAUACUGGACGUCAACCCACAGGCACUGAAGGUGUUGAGGACGGCGGAGUUCAUGCCCUUUGUGGUCUUCAUCGCCGCUCCGGAGCUGGACACACUACGAGCCAUGCACAAAGCUGUGGUGGACGCAGGGAUCACCACCAAACUACUGACGGAAACGGACCUGAAGAAGACGGUGGACGAGAGCGGCAGGAUCAGGCGGGCGUACAGCCACUACUUCGACCUGACCGUAGUGAACGAUAACCUGGACAAGGCCUUCGAGAAGCUGCAGGCGGCGGUGGAGCGGCUGCGCUCCGAGCCUCAGUGGGUCCCCGUCAACUGGGUGUACUGAGCGACUCCGGUCCUCGUCCGCGGAGUCGCGGACCGCGUCACGUCACUGACGGACCGUCGGCGGGCGCCCGGGUCGUCCUGACCCCGAGGUCCCGCCCCUGCUAUGCAAAGCUACAGCGACCAUGAGUAAUGAAAGGGAAGUUACUUAUUUAUUGAAUCCGUUUACCAGCAGAGCACACGCGGAGCGGAACCGGUCUCAUUGUUACUGCACAGACGAUUUAUUUACAGGGUGUCCGAAUAGUUUUGGUGUACGCGAUGAUCAGCAGAAAGUCGUUACUGUGAUACUUUUGUACUUUUAAACGUCUCGGUGCCAAUCUCAUCUUACUGAUCUCUAAUAACAGGUUGUUUUGUACGUUUUUGCUCAUGUAAACGGCGGUACUUACACUACCGCCACACUGAAACACAUUAGAACUCAUGCUAUACGUCAUUGUACCUAUUUUUUAUUUUACUUUUCGGGAGGGAAGUGCAUAUAUCCGAUAUUUUACGAACUGAGAUUUGAAUCUGUGUAACACCAGCUUGCAUUUUACCGCGUGUCUGUAGCAGCGGCCCUGCAGCUCGGCACUGUGCCGGCGUCCCGGACGUCUCGGAUUCGGAGAGUUGUGCCACAUCAAAACGUCGCGACGAUUACGUGAAUCUGAAUUUUACGACUCACUAAAGCUACGAAUUUUUUACAAUGAGUAAAACUCGCUCAUCUCUC